AUGAUCGAAACAACCCUUCUUUACAGCUUCCGUUCCAUCCUUUACUCAAUACUUUGUCUGCAGGAGGAGGAGAAGCUGCGGGCUGAAUCAGCGGUGACGUGUCCAGUGGAUUGCGUGCGGGAGGUGCGGACUAUGGCUGAUCUGGAAGCGGAGCUGCUUACAGCUGAGCAUAAUAUGCAGCUGGUUGUUGUGGAUUUUUACAACUCGUCAUGUGGCUCGUGUAGAUACAUUCUUCCCAGAUUCAUCGACCUCUGCAAAUCAGGCUGUCAGGGUGACUCUGAGUGUGCAGUGGAUGGAUUUGCAGUUUCAGACAACUCCAUGAUUGAUAGGGUUACAACGGGUGGAAUCGCAAGCAAUGUUUCUCCAGCAGCAGCUGAAGAGAGCAAGGAUGCAGAUGCUGUUGACUCUGAAAUAGUGCGGCAGGAGUUUUCAGCCGUUCGGUUUCUCAAGCACAAUGUUCGGGAUGACUAUGAUGAUUUAACGGAAAUCGCCUUACUGUAUCGCAUCAAGCUCGUUCCCGCCUUUGCCUUCUUCAAGGACGGUUCAUGCAUUGGCCAGAUCGCAACAAGAGACACUUCCAGGGUGGCAGCUGCGCUGGCAACCCUGCUAUCAGGGCAGAAGCUGUGA